AACAAAGCGUGGCGGCUCUUAUUCUCAAAUUCCCAAAUUACCCUCUCUUUCUUUUCUUUUCUUUUUUUCUUUCUAAAUUACCCUAAAAAUAAUAAUAAUGAGUUCUUGAUUCCAAAAGCGUCCGUUGGGUUUCGCAUAUUUUACAUACACACUAAACAAUCGCAUAGCAAAGCACCUUGGGUUUGACUUAUUGUUUUGUUGGUGAGUCCUUGUGGUGACCAUUAACCCGAUCAAUUCCAAACCAUGUCUCUUUUGAUCUUCGUUUGACUUGCGAUUCGACUUCUCAACCUGGUACUUUUGCAGGGGUUGAAUUAAAGAUGAGGCGUGAGUUUCCAUGGCUAUGGAAAGUAGAAACAAGACGGCUUCUAUGGCUAUUGGGACUCACAUUUGCUCUCGUCGUCACUUUUCAAUACGUCGAGCUACCGUACGCUAUCUCCUCCAUCUUCUCUUCCACGAAGAUUCCCAUUUCAAGAAACUCAACUUCUUCGCUUAUAGGAAGCUUACCUCCAGCUAUGUCCCCUAGCUUUUCCCAAUCCGAGACUGAGGAAGAAGUUGAGGUUGAUCAGAUUUUUGACAGCACCGGAAACGCCACUGCCCCCGCCUUUUCGCCUACUACAGCUACAUCCCCGCCUUUCUUGCCUCCUUUAAAGGAGAACGCAACCGCACCUGCCUCUAAUGCAGAGGCCCCGGUUGCAUUACCUGGUGUUAACCCUUCUCCGGUAAAGGAAAAUGUAACAGCACCUGUGGCUAGUGCAGAGGCCCCGGCUGCAUUACCUGGUUUAAACCUGUCUCCGGUAAUGGAAAAUGCAACCGCGCCUGUGGCUAGUGCAAAGGCCCCGGCUGCAUUACCUGGUUUAAACCCUUCUCCGGUAAAGGAAAACACAACAAUGCCUACCACUAGUCAGGUACCAGAGAGAAAUAUAACGAAAACAGAUGUUGUCAGAUUUGUUCCUGAUGUAAAGGAGAAAUCGAAAAUGCCUGAUUCCGGGGUGAUGUCAAUAUCCGAAAUGAGCAAGCAGUUGCGUCAAAACCGUAUUUCUCAUAAUCGUCUAGCAAAGAAACCAAAAUGGGUUACUAAACCUGACAUGGAGCUUUUACAAGCAAAAAACGAGAUUGAGAAUGCACCAAUCGAUGACAAAGACCCUCUCCUCUACGCUCCUCUGUAUCGCAAUGUUUCCAUCUUCCAAAAGAGCUAUGAGUUGAUGGAGAAGAUGUUAAAGGUUUAUGUUUACAAAGAAGGAGAUAAACCAAUAAUGCAUAGUCCAAUACUCCGAGGGAUUUAUGCAUCCGAAGGCUGGUUUAUGAAAAUCAUUGAAUCCAACAACAACAAAUUUGUCACAAAGGACCCUGCAAAAGCUCAUCUUUUCUACCUACCCUUCAGCUCCCGGAUGCUCGAGGUUACUCUAUAUGUCCAAGACUCCCACAGUCACCGCAAUCUCAUUAAGUAUCUAAAAGACUAUAUAGACUUCAUUGCCGUCAAAUACCCUUUCUGGAAUCGAACUUCCGGUGCGGAUCAUUUCCUUGCUGCCUGCCAUGAUUGGGCUCCAUCAGAGACGCGGACACAUAUGGCGAAGAGUAUAAGGGCGUUGUGCAACUCGGAUGUUAAAGAAGGAUUUGUCUUUGGAAGGGACACAUCUUUACCAGAAACAUUCGUUAGAGAUCCCAAGAAACCACUAAGUAACAUAGGUGGCAAAUCCGCGACGAAAAGGCCGAUACUUGCUUUCUUUGCUGGGAAACCGGACCACGGGUAUCUAAGGCCAAUACUACUAUCCUACUGGGGUAACAACAAAGAUCCUGACUUGAAAAUAUUCGGGAAACUACCGAGGACUAAAGGAAACAAGAACUACCUUCAGUUCAUGAAGACGAGCAAGUACUGCAUUUGCGCGAAAGGCUUUGAAGUGAACAGCCCGAGAGUGGUAGAGGCCAUUUUCUAUGACUGUGUUCCGGUUAUCAUAUCGGAUAACUUUGUCCCGCCCUUUUUCGAGGUUUUAAACUGGGAAUCAUUUGCGGUUUUCGUGCCGGAGAGAGAUAUACCGAAUUUGAAGAAGAUUCUAAUGUCAAUACCGGAACGACGGUAUAGAUCAAUGCAGAUGAGGGUGAAGAAAGUUCAGAAGCAUUUCCUGUGGCAUGUGAAGCCAGAGAAGUAUGAUAUGUUUCACAUGAUUCUUCAUUCGAUUUGGUUUAACCGAGUUUUCCAAAUUACUGUUUAGAAGUUUGGUUUAAGGAACGAUUCAGCUGUGUACAUGUUUUUACGAAGAAAUUUUUAUGAGGAAACUCAGUUUACAAAAUACAUCAAAACAAAAAUCAAAUGGCCAUAACUUUUUGGACA